AUGGGAACAGUUGUUAAUACGGAACUUUAUGACACUUUGGGGGUAUCAAGUGGAGCUUCCGGUAAUGAAAUCAAGAAGGCAUAUCGUGUCCAAGCGUUGAAGUACCACCCUGAUAAAAAUGGACAUUCGGAGGAAGCAAAAGUACGAUUCCACCAAGUUUCUGCUGCCUACGAGGUCUUGAAAGAUGAGCAUAAGCGGGCAAUGUACGACCGUUUUGGCACGAGUGAUGAGUCGCAGUGGGUAGCAAUGCAAGGGCGUACAGGAUACGGGCCAUCGCAUGGGUACGGCCGUGCAUCGACGAUGUCUGCAGGUGACCUCUUCGCACAGUUUUUCGGAGGAGGAAGCACUACUGCUGGGAGGAGGUUUUUUGAUGAGGACGAGGACGAGGAUGGGCUGGGGGACGGCUUCGGCCUCUUUGGGCGUCGCUCGAAACCGGCACGGCAACGUGGUCCCACCCGUGGUCCAGAUAUCAAGCACCGUCUAAGGUGCACCCUCGAAGAAGUUUACAACGGCAAGGACACCAAGCUGGCCCUCAAUAGGACUCGAUUGUGCUUGAAAUGUAAAGGAAACGGUGGUAUUAAGUACUCGGUGUGCAGCGAGUGCAAGGGUAGUGGCAUGCACACCCGAACCAAACGCCAUGGCCCUGUCACGCAAUCAUGGUCGUCUACGUGUGGUACAUGUGGCGGGCAGGGGACUUUGUUGCAGCCCGAAGAUAGGUGCGGAGACUGUCAAGGCCAAGGGUACUAUGGAGAACGGAAGAUUUUCGAUGUGCGGAUAGAAAGGGGCAUGGAAGAGGGACAAGAACUCAUAAUGCCCGGCGAGGCAGACGAAGUGAUAAAUACUGGGUAUGGGAGUGAGAAGGUCAUCCCUGGGGAUGUGAUCAUCAUAAUGGAACAGAUUGCACAUCCGAAAUUUGAAGUGCUGCCACACAGAGACCUCAAGUUGCAUAAUUGCAAAGUAGGAUUGAAGACUAGUAUGUGCGGAGGAUCCGUUUGGAUAGACUCGCAUCCUAGUGGGAAACAAAUCAAGAUUGAAGUGAUACCAGGUGAGAUUCUGCAAUCGGGCGCUGUGAAGUGUGUGGAAAAUUUGGGCAUGCCUGAUGGGCACGGAAAAUUCGGCAACUUAUAUAUCCAAUUUGAAGUUGUAUACCCAAAGAGCCUGGCGGUGGAGACUCUAGAAGCACUCGAAUCCAUUUUAGGAAAGGACGCUAAUGUUCUGGAGGUGGAGGGAAAGCUACAAGGCGCGGCCGAGAAGACGAAGCCCUCAGAGGAGCAUGUUUUAAGUACUGGACUUGCGAACCAACGGAAGCGGCCCAAAAAUGAUGGGCCGAAGCAUGGUAGGUAUGCAAAACGUACUCGUGCCGAUAAUGACAGGGAAUAA